AUGCAAAAACGGCGAAAAAGUUCUAGCAAGAAAAAAUCGGUCAGUGAAGAUGCUGACGAGCAAACCACCGAGGUUUACUGUGUCUGUAGGUCAUCGGAUAUUGAAAGGUUUAUGAUAGCCUGUGACCAAUGCGAAGAGUGGUAUCACGGUGACUGUAUUAAUGUCACUCCAAAGCAAGCAGAACAAAUAAAAACUUACUUCUGUCCUCAAUGUCGAUGUAAAAAUCCUUCACUAGAAAUUGAGUAUAAGAACACCAGGAGUCAGCGUCCGAAACAAAACCGUCAGAACUCGAGCCCUAAUAAUAGUUUUGGCAGCUCUGGAGAGCUACCUUCCCCGACCAAAUUUGUUAGGGGUAAACGCGGUUCCCCAGAUGCCUUAGUAUCUAGUUCAGAAAUUACCGAUCGCAAAACCUUAGAAGAGCGCUCAUCACAAUCGUCAGGCAGGGAUUUGCGAAAAUCUAGUUCGUCUAGUGUAAACGCAGCUAGUACAACGAAUUCACCUGCUGUAUCAGAGUCACUUCAUCCUGGUCAUUAUAAUCGUGGUUACUGGUCACGUGAAGACCAAUCUACACUUGACGAAGAUGAUGUAGUUCCUCGAGCAGUUUCAUCUAAGAAGGUAUCUGUGUCUCCUCGUCCACGUCCCUGUGGCAAGUGUGCCGGAUGUACCUUACAAGAAGACUGUGGACAGUGUGAGUACUGUCGGGACAGACGAAAAUUCGGUGGGCCAAAUAAAAUGCGUCAAAAAUGUAGGCUACGACAAUGUGUUGGUGCCAGUUCGUCUCUUAGUAGAGAUCCGUCAGAUUCUUCACCAAGUGUUGGUGCUAGACGCCGUAAGCAACAAACUGUUCAAUCUACUCCUGUGGAUGCAUCCCCUCAUAUGCAGUCGUAUACUGAUUUUGAUGAUGAACAGUUUGAAGUCCCCCUGGAUUUCUCCCCAAGACCAUAUUCAGAAACUGUCCCACAAUCAUUUCUACCACAGCAUUCAACAAGUUCAGUCCCUAUGGGUAGCAAAAUGCGUAGGGGUGACCAUCGUAUUCCAGCCGUUCCCAGUGAGAUUGACGGGAUUACUUCACGGCAUUUUGGACGGUUCAGUCAUGAUGGUUCUCAACCUCAUCCGCGUAACAAAGUGCCCGUACCAGGUAUUUAUCCCAUCGGUGCUGAUGAGCACAUAGAUUUUGUCGAUGAUGAGUAUGAUGAUAUUGUACUCCCUGAAAUGGCACAUUGUGCUGGUCCUGCAUGUAUAAUGGCAGCUAUUCCUGGCGAAAAGUACUGCUCUGAAUCCUGUAGACUUAAGCAUAUCAGUUCCCGUGGCAGCAUUCGUCCAGGUGUUACAAAUUCUCGUUCUGGAAUGAAUAGUCUUGCCUCUCGUGAAGUUAAUGCCAUUCCGUAUUUACUACCCUAUCCAGAUCAUAUGUACUGCAAACAUCAUCGUUUUCAAAGCUGGCAUAACAAUGCUUCUCCAUCCUAUCGAUCCAGCAAUCAUCCACAGCCUUUUGAUCCAUUCACUAUUGAUCAAGCCUAUAUUACUGCUGAUAACUUCCGUCAAUCACGUGGUCAUCCUAUGUAUAGAUGUACUCAAGGCCCACCAAUUCCUCGAAUAGCAUCACAACGACACCCUAAUUCUCAUCCAAUUUUAAUUAAUUCUAACAAUCGAUUGAAUAGCUUGGAUGAUCAAAGUCAUGCUAUGAUAUGUGAUGUGAAUGAUACAACUGCAUUUAUCGACUCUAUGACUUCAAUAGUUCGUAGAAAUAAUAAUAAUAAUAAUCAUACAUUUGGUGAAGAUCUUUGCAUCGAUCUACCAUCUACUCAUCCUUCAUCUACUGGAACGCAUUUAUCCUCAUCACCAAAUUUCUCUGGUGUUAAUUCAUGUUAUACUGGAUCACAUCGUGGUGAUAAUAUUCGAUCAGUUGUUGAUUUUCACACUGUAGUAGAUGGUGAUCCAUCAUCCGGUUUACCAGGUGAUGUAGACGACGACGACGGUGAUGAUGACGGUGACGGUGAUCGUGAUGGUGAAGAUGAGGACGAUGAUGAGGCGGCAGCGGCGGCUAAUGUUGAUCAUCAUCAAAUAAUUACUGAUGUUAGUGGUCAUCCUGUUUACGGUUAUUAUAUGAUUGGUUAUAGUAAUGAAACGAAUGGGCAUAGUAGUUCACGUGUCCCCUUGACUCCUACUACAGCUUCUGUGUUAAACGAUCGUCGUAUGCCCACGGGUUCUUUACGUGCUAAUAUGCAUCAUAGUCGAACGUUGAAUCAUAGAAUGGUGACACAACAACAACACCAACACCAGCAUAGUAAUGGUGAAUCAAUAAUGACAACAGCAACCACUACAAACGGUGGUCUACCUUCUGGUUAUACUAUUUCUAAUCGUGGUGUUGUUGGUGCUGGUAAUCUUAACCUACGACAUCCUAAUAUGAAUAUUCUUCCUGGGACAAUAAUGAAUCCAGAUGAUAAUUGUUGUUUAAGUCCAUCAGAAUCUACACAAAUGAAUGAUAUGAAUGCCAUCGGUUCAUCUGCCGUAACAAAUUCUAAUGUUGUAAUGCCAAAUUCUGUCCCAGCUUAUAUUCCCGGUCCUGAUGAAUUUUAUACAAUCAAUGAUUCUGACGAUUUAGAAAUUAAUUGGCCACAAGAAACAGUUGCUGGAGUUAAUGGUUAA